GUCGUCCUGCACACCUCGAUUGGCGACAUCCUCAUCGAACUGUGGAAACGCGAGUGCCCCAAAGCCGUCCGCAACUUUGUUCAGCUGUGCCUCGAAGGUCACUAUGACGGCGUCCCGUUCCACCGCAUCGUACCGGGCUUCAUCGCGCAGACUGGCGGCGGCGACGAUUGUAUUUACGACGAGGGUAGUUUUCCCGUUGAGGCGAACCAACGCCUCAAAUUCAACCGUCGAGGACUCGUCGCCAUGGCGGCCGACCCGACCACCAAGUCCAACUCGUCGCAGUUCUUCUUCACGCUCGACGCGACGCCCGAGCUGCAGAACAAGCACACCCUGUUCGGUCGCGUC